UCUCACUAACACUCUCACGUGCUGAUUAGAAAAAACAAAAAUAUUUGCGCUUUCAAAUUACGCAAAUAAACUAGGAAAAUGAUAGAUUCUAGUUUUGAUUUUCCUGGCUGGACAUCAGCGAUAGAUCAUCGAAGUGGAAGACAAUAUUUUGUCAACUUGAUAGAGAAAACAACAACAUGGGAGGAUCCAAGAAUAAAAUACAAACAUGUCUAUGGUCCCGCAAUUCCUAUGCAGAAUUUACAUGGAUCGUCUCCUAAAAAUGUUCAAGUCUAUCCAACUCAAAAUUAUCCAGCACAAGCAUUUCAAAGCUCUCAAGGUCAAUCUAUCAAUGCGAGCCCAAUUCCGUCGACAAAGACAAGCAAUUAUAGCCAUACUGCAGUUGAAAUGUCGUCUUUGUCACGUUCCUCGCCGCAUACACCUCGUGUUGGGAGUUUAAUCAAAAAUCACCAACAAAUGUUACAUCAACAACAGCAUCAACAAACUCAAGAAACAUCAUUUUCAAGUCCAACACCAAUGGAAACUGAAGCAACUGUUGCUAAAAUCAACACAAUGUUCCCAACAGCAAGUGAACAUCAUAUCCGUUUGCUUUUAAAGAAAUAUCAUCAUCGUGAAGCGGUCGUCAUAUCAGCAUUGCAAGUUGAGAAGCAUCCUUUGACAACUCCUGGCCCUUACACACCACCAGUUCAACGUUCUUUUCAUGCGACUGCGAUGGCAUUGUCAGCAUUUAACACACCGCCAUCAUCGAGUUUCGGUAGGAAAAGUGUUCAUCUUCUACAUGGAGAUCAUUUGACAUUUGCAUCGUCGUCAAAUGGAAGUCCAAUUCCAAUGCGUCCACAAAGUUCGAGUAGUUUCUAUACAACAGUAACAAAUGCGACUACAAACAUGUACGGAUCACCACGAUUCGGAGAACAAUAUCGCAGUUCACCAAAGCCACAUUCAUCACCAAAAAUGAAGCUUAGAUACUUAAAGUCAAUGUUUCCAAAAGCUGAAGAAACAAUCAUUUUGGAUGUGUUGGCGACAGUCGAAAACAACGUUCAGAAAGCUUCGGAAAGUUUGAUACGUAUGGGUUACGAGAAGAAGGAAAUGACGCCAGCACCGCGAUUGUCUCAUCGCAAGAAGGAAGAAUAUCAACCACAGAAGGAAGUCAUUCAACCAACUCCACCACCAAAGCCAAAAACUGCUGAAGAGAAGAAGAAAAUGAAAGCUCGAAUGCAAGCGCAGUAUAAAGAUUCAAUUCCUGAGAAAAUCAUUGCGAUGGCUCUUGAAUCUGUUGAAUAUUCCGAAGAGAAAGCUUUGAAGAUUCUCGACAUUGUGUUGCAAGAAGACAAAGACUCGAAGACAAAAUCAGAGAAGGAAAAGAAGAAAAGUGAAGGUGUUGAGAAGAAUGUUUCGUUCAAAGAGCCCAGCAGUAGCAAAAGCAUUGAUUUGGAUCAAGCAGCAGCGAUUGAGAAUGAUGAAACGAUGAUUAUCAACAGCGAUCAUUCAAUCAUAACAACACCAAUUGAAAGUCCAGAAACUGAUGGCGUUACUGGAAUGCCCAAAUCUGCUGUUGAAUAUGAAGACGCGACAACAUCGUCAUCAGAUGCUUCGACCAGCGAUGCUUCGACAAAAACUCCCGUCGAAAAGAUUGAACGUCGUCGAUCAAAAGCUCGAAGUGAUUCGAAUCGAAGUGAAAAGAAUACUUCAGUAGUUGUUGGAAAAAAGGAAUCAAAUUCAAAGUCGGUCAUAAUUGGUGGAGAAAAUUCCAAGGAUGGAAAGUUCAUGUCAAUCUACACGCAAUCAAAUGCGAAUGGAAAAAAUUCCAAUCUUGCUAAAGGACCGAGAGAUGAACUUUUGUUAACUGAUUACGUGACAUGGAGUGGAGCGAAUCCUGACUUUGUCAAAGGCCAUCGAGUCAAAGCAACAGGACCAAACCCAAAUAUAAGAAUUGAACGAAACUAUACGCCACGUGGACGUGGGUCUGAGCUCUGCAAGGGCUCAAAGAUUGGUCUUGCCAAAGGCAGCAUUUAUUCACAAAUCAGUCGUCCAAAUGUUGCCUGCAACUAACAUCAUCCGCGAUCUUUAUCACGUUAAAUUUCUUCCUUACUUUCUAAUUCAAUAAUUAUUUGGAUGGUGACUUAUUUGUAUCCCUAGAAAUUAUCGUAAGUGUUUGUUUGAUGAGUUUAAAAGAUCUUUUUAGUGAAAACACUUUUUUUUCCUGUUGUAAAUCCGAUCCGAAAGUUCGAAUCUCAAAAUUUUAAAUCCAAAGAUGUGACUUAUUGGAUUCAAUCGAUUUAACAUUUUUAACAUUGAAAAAUUAUUAACUAAAAUAAUCUCAAAACAAGUGAAUUUCAUGUCAAUUUUCUUAGCAAAGAAAGUUGAGUAAUUUUAACAUUUAAUAAGCUUUUAAUAAACAAUGAACAUCAAAAGAGAGACAGGCGGCACUUUAUAUUGAAAAUUUAAUCAUAACUUCUUAGAGUGCUUUCUUGUCAUGGCUAGUGACAUGAAAGAACUUUAAUCACAAAGAUAUUAAAAGUGUUGGAUCAUCUCUGAAGAGGAUCAAUGAUAUUUAUUAUUGCUAAAGAAACAUAAAAGCAUAUAACACAUUUCGUCCCGAAAACAAAACAAAAAUUGUGAGCACUUAAACGUUAGUUGAUAUUUGAGAAAAAAGUUUGUAUGGAAAAGAAAUCUUUCUUUUAUCUAUUUUGAUAAGAUUUUAAAUAAAAUGAUAAUUUGAAUGAAGAGAUGGUGAGGGAAGGGGAUUCGAGGACACAGGAAUGAUUAAGACGUGAGAUGCAAUAAAUGUUUAAUGAGAAAUUAGAAAUUCCUAGAGGAAGUUUAAUUUAAAAUUUUUUGUUUGGAAAACUGAGGUACCUAAAGUAAUUCCAAUAGUUUCAGAAUCUCUAGAUUAGAUUAAUGGUCUUCUUUACUAUUUUGAUCUUAAAUGUCCUUAUAGCCAGCCAUAGACAAAGCCAAAAAGAAUACAAAGAAUUAAUUAAUAUAUAAAUUGCCAACUACAAAUAUUGCCAUUAUUUAAAGAUAAACUGCGUCCCACUAAAGAAACUAUUUAAACAAACAAUAAACAUAAAAAGAUAUUCAACACAAAUAUAUUUUUCUUUAUUUUUAAUCUCUGUAAAUGUUUAAAAAGAAAAUUGAAAUAAAAAAUGUUUUUCUUUCGAAUUGAAUUUUUGAGAGAGUUCACUGUAGAUUGAGAAUCGUCAAGAACUUUAAAAACUGGAAAUGUUGGGGAAAUUUGUUUAUGCUUCUUACCGAUGAAGUCAACAACAUAUUGAAGGAAAUUUAUCAGAAACUUGGAAUCCAUUAAAACCUCAGACGAGGUUUCAAAAUAAUUCUCAACAUCAAUUUGAGAGUUGUAUAGAAAAAAAUUUCCCACUUCGAUCAACAAAAAUAUAAAAAUAAGAAUAUUUAAAAAAUAAUCUUUGAAUUAGUUUAAUUUA